AACAAUCACAGUUACCAAACAAUAAACAUUUUAAAAUCAAUUUGGACUCUGAUAGGAAUUUUUUUGACUGGAUCAUCAGUACGAUACAAUUUUACAAACAUAUUUUUAAUAUGUCAUUAAUACGUCCACCCAACUAGCAUAAGCAACUCUCUGCCGCUGCAGAAGUCACCUAACCCAUUGCCGCAUAAGAUCGCUGACGGAAGCAGGCCGUCGGAUGUGGAAAAUCUGGGCCCAAAGGAAAAAGCCCAUUCGCUCCACCGACUAAAAAGGAAUGGCGCUCAAAACAUAAACCAGAUUGUGCCAAUCCCGGUUUCCCGUGAAGAGUUCAAAACUUCAAACACACUUUCCAUUCAGCAAAUAGAUGGCUGUGUCUCUGUUCGUAUCUGCGUGACUCCGUCAUUUCCAGCAAAAGCUCAGAGAAGCUAGGGUUCCUUCCACUCAGUUUCGGAUUGUCAGAAGGCCGUCGUUCAUCUUCAUCAAUGGCUCGGGUGCGUCCGAAGCUCGUUUUCUCUGGCUUCACCAAGGCCGAGACGGAGAAGAUGGAGAAAUUGCUGGAUGAUUCGGUCCAACCUCUCAACACAAAGUUCUUCAAGAAUCUCGCUAGAGGUUUCAAUCUGUCUUCAGGUCGUGCUGGCAAACCAGUUGUGAAAUGGACUGAGGUAGAGAGUUGGUUCCGACAGAGGCGACAAGGCAUCCACCCACCAGUUUGCUCCGAAACUGAUGCUCCGAAAGAUGGUUCGAUGUUGCUAGGGCCUAGUCCCGCGAAUGAGUCUAAUGAUACCUCCAAAAAAGCUACAGGGCAUAUGCAAGACUGGUCGACGAUGCAAUUUGAAGCAAAGUCAUCAAAAGAUGGUGCUUGGUAUGAUGUUGAGCUUUUCCUUUGCUACAGAAAACUACCAUCAGGAGACCUUGAAGUUCUUGUCAGAUUUGAAGGAUAUGGGGCAGAGGAGGACGAAUGGGUAAAUGUAAGAGAGGCUGUCAGACAACGCUCCGUUCCCGUGGAUCCUUCAGAAUGUCAUUUGGUGAACGUUGGGGAUGUAGUAUGUUGCUUUCAGGAGAGGAAGGAUUAUGCGAUUUACUACGACGCUCAUGUGAUCGGUAUCAAGAGGAAACUGCAUGAUAUAAGGGGUUGCAGGUGCAUUUUCAAGAUACGGUACAAUCACGACGACAUGGAGGAAAGAGUUCGCCUGAGAAGACUUUGUUACCGCCCAACACCUUGAUGGGAAGCUGAGACCUCUUCUUCGAGUAUAUAGUAGUAGUCAUGUAUGACAUCAAUACAUGUGAAAAAUGAAAAAGAGUUUUCUUUCUGUCUGAUCAAUGCUUCCAUUGUUUCAGUAAAUUGGGAGCUGGCACUACAGUAGAAUGUUGAUGACAAAAAAAAUAUGAGGUAUGUGGGGAGAAACCGUCGCCAGUAGCCUUUUCUUUUUAACAGGUGUUUGUUAAUAUUGUACCUGACCGGCUGGCUGCACCCUUCAAACUGGUUUUUUUACCAGUUUGGAAUAUUUGUACUGAUGGUGACUAGGGGUGGCAGUUUGGUUAUUUCGGUUAUAACCGGUAACCGAUUGGCCGGUUAAUGGUUAAUUGAAAUAAUCACUUCCCCUACUGAAAAUCGCCUGAAAUAGGCUUUGGUGUCUCGGUUAUCGGUUAACCGAAUCACUUUUAACACCAAAAACCAUUUCAUCCAGCCUCUGAUAACCGACCAAAGUUCGGUCUAAUCGGCCAGUUAUCGGUUUAAUCGGCCAGUUAACUGAUAACCGGUAACCGAACGACCACCCCUAACUGUGACGGUGUGAUCUCUGAUACGGUUUUACAUACGUUAUUGUUAAUGUCCAUCGGUUCGUUUAGUAACAAGUUGAGUAUGAGCUAAAUUUUGUUCAACUCACAACGGCCAUGAGCUAGCUCAACUUGGUGGUUUGUUGAGCUCAAACUCAUGGACUAGCUCGUUUUGAGCUCGAUAGUAUAGCUAGCGAGCCACCUCAUACAUUACUCAUAUACAAAUUACUAUUAAAUAACAUUAUAAGAAUAAUUAAAAUUAUAAACUACAUUAUAUGAUACUUGACCUCGAAUCGAUCACGCGGAUUAAUUGAUGGCCGAACUCGAAUCGAGCUUAAUCAAACGCAAGCAAACGAACAUUUUUCAUAUAAGCAAGUCGAGUUAUAUCUGGACUCUUUUAUUAAAUCAAGAUAGGUCAAAACU